CAAGAGGUCUUUUUUGAAAGGGCAGAGUUAACGAGACACCCAAUGCCAGAGACACUUCUCGCAGGUACAGACUAAGUAACCGGGUGGUAAUUUUAGGAUGCAGAAAUCACCUGUCGAAGAUGCCAACUUCCUCUCCAGAUAUUUCUUUUGUUGGACAUCUCCAAUUUUGAGAAAGGGGUAUAAACAGAAACUAGAGCUUUCAGAUAUAUAUAAAGCCCCAUCUUUUGACACAGCUGACAAUCUUUCUGAACGCUUGGAAAGAGAAUGGGACAGGGAGCUGGCGUCCACCAAGAAGAGGCCCCGCCUCUUCAGGGCCCUGGCGCGAUGCUUCUUCUGGCCUUUCGCCUUCUACGGAGUCCUGCUCUACUUCGGGGAGGCCUCCAAGACGGUGCAGCCGCAGCUGCUGGGGAGGAUCAUCGCCUCCUUCGACCCCUUCCACGCGCCCGAACGCUCGCAGGGCUUCUACCUGGCGCUGGGGCUCUGCCUCCUCUUCACCGCCCGCUUCCUGCUCCUCCAGCCCGCCAUCUUCGGACUGCACCACCUGGGAAUGCAGAUACGGAUAGCCCUGUUCAGCCUCAUAUAUAAGAAGACUCUAAAGCUCUCCAGUCGGGUUCUGGACAACAUCAGCACCGGGCAGCUGGUCAGUCUCAUGUCUGCACACCUGAACAAGCUGGACGAGAGCCUGGGUCUGGCGCACUUUGUGUGGAUCACGCCACUGCAGUGCAUCCUGUGCGUGGGGCUGAUCUGGGAGCUGAUCGAGGCGUCCGGAUUCUGCACCCUGGCCGCCCUCACCCUGCUGGCCAUCAUGCAGGCCUGUCUGUCCCAGAAAAUGGGCCCCUACAGGACGAAGAGGGCAAAGCUGAUCAGCAAGAGGCUGGCACUCACGUCCGAGAUCGUGGAGAACAUCCAAUCAGUCAAAGCCUACGGCUGGGAGGAGAUCAUGGAGACCAUUAUCAAAAACAUAAGACAGGACGAGAUGACCCUGACCAGGAAGAUCGGCUCCCUGCGCUACUUCUACAGCGCGGCCUACUUCUACUCGGCCUUCAUCGUCAUCAUCGCCGCCAUCGUGCCCUUCGCGCUCAGCAAGGGCAUCAUCCUGCGGCGCAUCUUCACCACGCUGUCCUACUGCAUGGUGCUGCGCAUGACGCUCACCCGCCAGUUCCCCAACUCCAUACAGAUGUGGUACGACACCGUGGGCCUCAUCAACAAGAUCGAGGAGUACCUGACUAAGGAGGAGUACAAGGUGCUGGAGUACAGCCUCACCACCACGGAGGUGGAGCUGAUGAACGUGACGGCCUCCUGGGACGAGGGAAUUGGAGAACUGUUCGAGAAGAUCAAACAGGAGAACAAGAACAGCGGACACCCCAACGGCGACGCAGGACUGUUCUUCACCAACCUGUACGUCACGCCCGUCCUGAAGAACAUCAGCUUGCACCUGGAGAAGGGGCAGAUGUUGGCCGUCGCCGGCUCGACUGGAUCAGGAAAGAGCUCCCUGCUGAUGAUGAUCCUGGGGGAGCUGGUCCCCUCGGAGGGCAAGGUGAAGCACAGCGGCAGGAUCUCCUUCUCCCCGCAGACCUCCUGGAUCAUGCCCGGCUCCAUCCGGGACAACAUCCUGUUCGGCCUGACCUACGACGAGUACCGCUACACCAGCGUCAUCAACGCCUGCCAGCUGGAGGAGGACCUCGCCCUCCUCCCAGCCAAAGACAAGACCCCCCUGAUGGAGGGAGGGGUGACGCUCAGCAGCGGACAGCGGGCCCGUAUCGGUUUGGCCAGAGCGGUGUACAAAGAUGCUGACCUGUACCUCCUGGACUCUCCUUUCACUCACCUGGACAUUGUGACAGAGAAAGAAAUAUUCAACAGGUGCCUGUGCAAACUGAUGGCCGCCAAGACCCGCGUGGUGGUCACCAGCAAGCUGGAGCACCUGAAACGGGCCGACAAGAUCCUGCUGCUGCACAACGGGAUGUGCUACUUCUACGGCACCUUCGCCCAGCUGCAGUCCAAGCGGCCCGACUUCAGCUCGCUGCUGCUGGGCCUGGGGUCGUACGACAGCAUCGCGGCCGAGCGCCGGGGCUCGGUGCUGACCGAGACGCUGCGCCGCGUCUCCGUGGACGAGACGGCGGGCUCGCGGGCCGACGCCCCCGGCGACGGCCCGGACAAGCGCCGGCCCUCGCUGGUCCUCAACCCGACCUCCGCCGCCGCCGCCGCCGCCGCCUCCCGCCGCUUCUCCCACGCCCGGCUCCCCGAGGACGAGGAGGACGAGGAGGCGGCGGAGAACCGGUUCUCGGUGGUGCCCGAGGACGAGCAGGUGGAGGAGGUGCUGCCCCGUGGCAACGUGUACGCCCACGCCCACACCCUCUCCCGCCAGCGGCGCCAGUCCGUCCUGGCCUUCAUCACCAACGCCCAGGACCAGAAGCGCCGGGACCAGAACCAGCAGGCCUUCCGCCGCAGGCUGUCCGCCAAGCCCCAGAGCGAGCUGGCCUCCGAGCUGGACGUCUACGCCCGCCGCCUCUCCAACGACAGCGUCUACGACAUCAGCGAGGAGGUGGAGGAGGAGGACAUGGAGGAAUGUUUUGCAGACGAACGUGAGAAUGUGUUUGAGACUACCUCAUGGAGCACGUACUUCAGAUACGUGUCCACCAACAGGAACCUUGUUUUUACCCUCAUCUUCAUCGCUGUGGUCUUUGUGAUUGAGGUGGCUGGGUCAGUGAUUGGCAUAUUUCUGAUUACUGAUAAAAUCUGGCGGGAGGAGGACGAGAGCACGCACCCCAACAUGUCCUCCCAGGGAACGCACUACGCGGUCAUCGUCACGCCCACCAGCGCGUACUACAUCAUCUACAUCUACGUGGCGACGUCGGAGAGCGUGCUGGCGCUGGGCUUCUUCCGGGGGCUGCCGCUGGUGCACACGCUGCUCACCGUGUCCAAGAAGCUGCACGAGCAGAUGCUCAGCGCCGUCCUGCGCGCGCCCAUGGCCGUGCUCAACACCAUGAAGUCGGGUCGGAUUAUGAACAGAUUCACCAAAGACAUGGCCACUAUCGACGACAUGCUGCCCCUCAUCCUGUUCGAUUUGGUCCAGCUGACCCUGAUCGUGCUGGGGGCCAUCUUCGUGGUGUCCAUAAUGAGGCCGUACAUCUUCAUCGCCGCCAUCCCGCUCACCAUCGUCUUCGUGAUCCUGAGGAAGUACUUCCUCCGCACCGCGCAGCAGCUCAGGCAGCUGGAGGCCGAAGCCCGCAGUCCCAUCUUCUCCCACCUCAUCCUCUCGCUGCGCGGCCUGUGGACCAUCCGCGCCUUCGGACGCCAGUCCUACUUCGAGACCCUGUUCCACAAGGCCCUCAACACCCACACCGCCACCUGGCACCUGUACCUGUCCACGCUCCGCUGGUUCCUCUUCCGCAUCGACAUCCUCUUCGUCCUCUUCUUCACCGCCACCGCCUUCAUCGCCGUGGGGACCAACAGGGACAAGCCCGGUGAGAUCGGCAUCAUCAUCGUCCUGGCCAUGCUGAUCCUGGGCACCUUCCAGUGGGCGGUCGUCACCAGCAUCACAGCGGACGGCCUGAUGCGAUCCGUGGAGCGCGUCUUCAAGUUCAUCGACCUGCCGUCGGAGGAGGCCGGGCCCGCGGGCCGGGGCAAGGACAAGGACCUGGUCAUCGAGAACCCGCACGUCCACGACGCCUGGCCCUCCAGGGGUCAGAUGGAGGUCAGGGACCUCACCGCCAAGUACACGGAGGCCGGGAGGGCCGUCCUGCAGAAGCUGUCCUUCAGCGUGGAGGGCGGGCAGACGGUGGGCGUUCUGGGUCGGACGGGCUCGGGGAAGAGCACCCUGCUGGCGGCCCUGCUGCGGCUGGCCUCCACGGACGGAGAGAUCUCCAUCGACGGCGUCUCCUGGAGCUCUGUGCCCCUGCAGACCUGGAGGAAGGCUUUCGGCGUGGUUCCCCAGAAAAUCUUCAUUCUGACGGGGUCGUUUCGCAUGAAUCUGGACCCCUAUCUCAAACACAGCGACGAGGAGCUCUGGAGAGUCGCAGAGGAGGUGGGGCUGAAGUCGGUCAUAGAGCAGUUCCCGGACAAGCUGGACUUCCAGCUGGAGGACGGCGGCUACGUUCUGAGCAACGGGCACAAGCAGCUGGUGUGCCUGGCCCGCUCCGUCCUCAGCAAGGCCCGCAUCCUGCUGCUGGACGAGCCCAGCGCCCACCUGGACCCCAUAACGCUGCAGGUGCUGAGGAAGACUCUGAAGCACUCCUUCUCCGACUGCACCGUCAUGCUCUCCGAGCACCACGUGGAGCCCCUGCUGGAGUGUCAGUCCUUCCUGAUGAUCGAGGGCAGCUCGCUGAAGACGUACGACUCGAUCCAGAAGCUGAUGAACGAGACCAGCCACCUGAAGCAAGCCAUGAGCAGCCUGGACCGGCAGAAGCUCUUCCCCCUCAACCGCCGGGUCUCCAGCAAGCGCGGGGCUAAGCCAAUCAGCUCCCUGCGGGAGGAGGCGGAGGACGAGGUCCACGACACCCGCCUCUGAAACCUCGCCCCUCACCACGGCAACGGCAAGCCAGGCUCCGCCUUUGGAUAAGCCUGAUGAACAGUGGAGCCACGCCUCUCCUCCAAUGACACUGCUACGUUUACACCGCAGUUCCGACCGUCGUCACAUGCCCUACGUUUGACCCAUAACCUGACCUCCGUACCGUUUGACGUGACGCACGCAUGCACACCUCACGACACACACAAGAUCUCACGCACAUCUCCUCAGAGGGAGACAGACAACAGACAACAGUCCAAGAUCAUUCAGAACUUUGCGAUGUAAGCUAGCAGGCCACUUCAGCGCCGGUGUCUGUACGGUGUUUAGGCUACUGAUGUCAUUCACGUGCGUUGUGACAUUCCUGGCUUAGGUGCGAUGGCGGAAAAUUUACCUGGGUUCCUAAGGCCCGAUCCAGGCCGUACAGGCACACCGCAGGGGAGCUUCAAACGGGUAAACAGCACGCACGAGCGCGGUAUAAAUUCGAAUCGAAAAGAUGAGAUUCCGUUUUUAUUUCUGUGCAGUUUAGACUUGCAAUAAAACGGACGCGCAACGCGCAGGUCCACAAAUCUGUUUUUACGUCACUUAAUGACCAGUGUAAUAUAGUAGUAGUGUAAAUCCUUAGUUUUCAAUCGUAACCACGAUUUUUUUUGUAUAUUGAUUAAUUUGGUGACUUGACGGGCAAAAGCUUGACACUUCAAUACGUUGCUGUGCUCGUUUUCAUGUCAAUGCACUUUACAUAUCUAUGGUACUUAUUAGCUGUUGGGACUGUGUAAAUCUGAUGCCCAUUGUCAUAAACUGGAAAUUCUAUUUUCUAAGCUAGAUUAUUUAAUUUUGCGCAAAAACAUGAAAUGGUAUACACUACCACAGAAAUUACCUUUGUAAUGUGGUAACUUGUCUAUUAUAUGCAUAUUGAAUGGACUUAAUGUAUAGUGUGUGUUAAUAAUGUUUCUUCCUUCCAAGGGUAAGGGGAUGAGAUUUGUUUAGAGAGAGAAAUGUGCAUUUGUUUGGAGAAUGACUGAAAUAAAUGUGAGAAGAAGGUUCUAGAAACUGGAGUGCAGUUUAAUGCUUGUGCUUAUGCAGAAAGCAGGGCACUUCUUCAGCCCCCACUCGACAGAUACUUAACGCUGGAGCACAACAGAGGCCAGUCCGAACAAUUCUUCAGUACACAUGAACGUUUCAAAUGAAGUAAAAUGGGAAAACGCAACACUGUUU